GUUGGCGGGCAGAGGGCUGAGGACAGGACGCCCCAGAAUCAGGAGACUCCCCUUAGGAGAUAAGAUCCUGCGUCUGCGGCAGCUGCCUCUUCAGGAAGCUUGACGAUUGAUCCAGCUCGGGAUAUUAGGUGACCAAGAAUCUGCGGGAUCCUUCCAGGCAUUGGAACCAACAGACCUUCGACUAUCUCCUGAGCCACAUCCAUUCUCCCAACGCUGCAAACAUGGGCCUGGCCCUAAUCUCAGGCUACAACCUCUUCCGUGAAGCUUUUCCGGAUCCUUCCUGGAAGGACACAGUUCUGGGGUUUCGGAAGCUGACCUGCAGAGAGUUGGACAUGUUUCCUGAUUACAGCUAUGGCUGGUUCAACACAAGCCUGAUUGUGGAGGGAAGGAGGUAUCUACCGUGGCUGACUAAAAGGUUAACUGAGAGGGGAGUGAAAUUCUUCCAGCGGAAGGUGGAGUCUUUUGAGGAGGUGGCAAGAGGAGGUGCUGACGUGAUUAUCAACUGCACUGGGGUGUGGUCUGGGGCAUUGCAACCAGACCCUCUACUGAAGCCAGGCCGGGGACAAAUCAUUAAGGUGGAUGCCCCUUGGAUGAAGCACUUCAUCAUCACCCACGACCCAGAGAAGGGCAUCUACCAGUCCCCGUACAUCAUCCCAGGGAUGCAGGCGGUAACUCUGGGAGGCAUUUUUCAGCUGGGGAACUGGAGUGAGGUGAACAACAACCAGGACCACGCCACCAUCUGGGAAAGCUGCUGCAGAUUGGAGCCCACCCUUAAGGAAGCAAAAAUUGUUGCUGAAUUGACUGGCCUCCGGCCCGUACGCCCCCAGAUUCGGCUAGAAAGAGAACAGCUUCGCUUUGGAUCUUUAAACACAGAGGUCAUCCACAACUAUGGCCAUGGAGGCUACGGGCUCACCAUCCACUGGGGCUGUGCCAUGGAGGCAGCCAAGCUCUUUGGGAACAUCCUAGAAGAAAGGAAGUUGCUCAGGAUGCCACCACCCCGUCUCUGAAAAUAUCGCCUCCCCAAGGACUCCCCGCUCCCCUCAGCCAACCAAUCAAUGCCCUCCCCCCAAACUAUCACUCACUCUCCACUUCCACCCUGGCUCCUCUCUGCAAGAAGCACAAGAUGAGAGGGAAUCCACAAGGUCCAUUCCUGGAGGCGAGUCCAGCCCUACCUGGGGCUCUCUUUGAUCACGGGGGUCUCUCUACCCACUCUGGGCCUGACAGAAUGAAGAACAGCUGGGGGCUGUUAGAUUCUAAGUCCUCAGAAGAAAAGAAAGCUCAGAAAAUCAAAGGGGCAAGCAGAAAAUUGAGGAUAGUUGAAGUUAGGUAACUUGAGGACAAAUGACAUUAACAUAUUAAAGGUUCUGAAAAGUCCUGCAGCAAAGACAUCUAUCUGAUGUUCUUUUAUCCAGUCCUAACUUAUUUGGCUAUGGAACCUUUUUGUCCAGAGCACUGAUGCCACAGAGUGCACUAGAAGGCUACGACAGAUCUCCUUGCAGGAAGUCGCAUGCACUAGAAGGCUACGACAGAUCUCCUUGCAGGAAGUCGCAGGCACUAGAAGGCUACGACAGAUCUCCUUGCAGGAAGUCGCAGGCAGAGCUGGAGCGUGGGGAGACAGAAGAGCAAGCACUGAACUAACGACACGAUACCCGUUCCACACCCAGGAUUCCCAACGGCAUCAGCAAUCUGCUGAAUGGCCCCAUGAGCACCAUGUAACCCCCUGAGGAGGGGCCGCCGGAGGGAUCAUCCCACAAGAAGCCCCUACGUAGAGAACUGAACUUACCAAGCAUAAUCCGGGUUUGGGGGCAGAUUUCACGUCUCUCUUCCCUUCUGGCUGGUUCCCUCUAAGAUGACUUAGACUUCCAGGUGUUUUUGAAAGCCUUAAAUGACCCUAGCAUCUUUAUCCCUAAUUAUCUGCAUCAGGCUCUGAGGUGGAAUUUGCAUCUGUCUGGGUUUUUGAGAAAGACCAGAGGCUGGAGGAAGCCUUCAUGCCUCUGGGACCCGUGGCACCCUAGGUGCUGUGACAGGGUCUUCAUUGGCCCACACCAUGCCGUCUACAUCCGUGUCAUCACUGUCUGCUCCUUCCCAUGC